AUGGUCUCCGACACUGAACUACCGUCUCGUAUGAGGGCAGCCUACAUUGCACAACACAAUAAACCAUAUGCUCUCGGAGAGCGCCCUUUACCCUCUAUCAGAGACACAGACAUUCUUGUACGUGUACACGCUGCUGGAUUCUGCCACUCAGAUCUACAAGCCUUGCAAGGUGAAUUUGAGAAACCAGCGCCCAUCGGUCUUGUCCCAUCUCAUGAAAUAGCGGGCACCAUUGCCAAGAUUGGCAGCAGUUACAGGGGCAAUCUCAAAGUAGGAGAUCGAGUUGGCAUUCUAAACUUCAAGCAUGCAUGUGGCUCUUGCGUAGGAUGUCGAUUAACAGCAAAGAAAGGAGAGAAGCUUGAUCCACGAUUUUGCAACAACCGCGAAACAGCUGGAUUUCUGCAUGACGGCGGAUUUGCAGACUAUGCUUCUGCCGAUCCCGAAACUACGGUCAGACUCCCUGAUACAAUCUCUUUCCAACAGGCCGCGCCUUUGACCUGUGCGGGUGCUACUGUCUGGGCAUCUCUCGAGGCCGCGACAUCUGGACUUUCACAAGGCGAAACAGUGGCGAUUGUGGGCAUUGGCGGACUCGGGCAUCUUGGCGUACAAUUCGCCAAAGCACUGGGUUUCCGAACUAUCGCGGUUGAUAGCAGACAAGCUGGGAGGAAGCUAGCAGAGGAUGUGGAAAAUCACCAACUAAAGCCUGAUCUGGUGGUGGAUUCGUCUGAUACGGACUGUGCUUCCAACAUCAUUUACGAUUUCACAAAGGGCGAGGGCGUCGCUGCAGCCGUCGUGUGCACACCGUCACUCGAGGCUAAUCGCUGGGCACUCACAAUCCUUAGGAUCAAAGGCACGCUGGGGAUACUGGGGCUUCCUCAGAACCCUUGGCAAUUUGACGCUGCUCCGCUUGUCUUUAAGGAACUUUCUAUCAGAGGCAGCUACGUCGCUGGGAAGGAAGCGACGGACAGAAUGAUGCGAAUAGUAGAGGAAGCUGGAGUAAGAUCGCAUUUGACGAUUAUACCGUUUGACAGGAUCCCCAGCAUUGUGGAUAUGUAUGAAGAUGCUUCGUUCAAAGGGCGCAUAGUAGUGCAGAUAAAAGAUCAUGACUGA